AUGAGAAAUUUCGUAGGUCAACAAAAGAAUUUUCAAAAAAAUAACAAACAACAACAGAAGCCAAUUCCCAAUCAGCCGAUUUUUCAACGGCCAAAUGUUCAACAGCCAAUUGUUCAACAACCAUUUCUUCAACGGCCAAUUGUUCAACGGCCAAUUGUUCAACGGCCAAUUGUUCAACGGCCAAUUGUUCAACGGCCAAUUGUUCAACGACAAAUUGUCCAACAGCCAAUUGUCCAAAAGCCAAUUGUCCAACGGCAAAUUGUUCAACAACCAUUUCUUCAACGGCCAAUUGUUCAACGACAAAUUGUCCAACAGCCAAUUGUCCAAAAGCCAAUUAUCCAACGGCCAAUUUUUCAACGGCCAAUUGUUCAACAACCAUUUCUUCAACGGCCUAUUGUUCAACGACAAAUUGUCCAACAGCCAAUUGUCCAAAAGCCAAUUGUCCAACAGCCAAUUGUUAAACAACCAUUUUUUCAACGGCCAAUUGUUAAACAGCCAAUUUUUCAACAGCCAAUUGUUCAACGGCCAAUUGUUAAACAACCAUUUUUUCAAAAUAUAAAACCAGCCGUAAACCGGAACAAAAAUCAUCAUAUCCAACAAUGUAAUAGAGCAAAAAAUGCUGCUCAGCGACCUGUAGAACGUAAUGGUCAGAGAUUAAGAGUACGACGUAAUGCUGAAGGACAUAUAUUACUAAUGAAUGAUAAGGGACAAGUAGUACAACGACGUGAUGAUAAGGGACAUAUAAUACGACCUAAAAAGCAGCAACAUCCAAUACCUAAUUUUGUGCGUCCCUAA